CGUCUCUGACUACGUUUCCCAGAGGACUCCUCGGCAAGACUGUAUUUCUCGCGGGAAUUCAGCAUCCAAGUCACGCGCUGGCGGGACCCUGAGGGCUUUACCAGCAACUACCCCAGGGCUGUGGAGGGUUCUGCUGUGGAGGGUUCUGCUGCUUCGGAAGCUUGUAAGGCCAGAGCUCUACUCUUCUCCAAAAGAAGAGCCAAGAGAAGGUCCUUUUCUACAAAUAUCAGAGCCAUGGCUCAGGAGUCAGUGAUGUUCAAUGAUGUGUCCAUAGACUUCUCUCAGGAGGAGUGGGAAUGCCUGAAUGAUGAUCAGAGAGAUUUAUACAGAGAUGUGAUGUUGGAGAAUUACAGCAACCUGGUUUCAAUGGCAGGGCAUUCUAUUUCUAAACCAAAUGUGAUCUCCUACUUGGAGCAAGGGAAGGAGCCCUGGUUGGUUGACAGAGAGCUAACAAGAGGCCAGUGGCCAGUCCUGGAAUCAAGAUGUGAUACCAAGAAAUUAUUUCUGAAGAAAGAAAUUUAUGAAAUAGAAUCAACCCAGUGGGAAAUAAUGGAAAAACUCACAAGACAUGAUUUUCAGUGCUCUAGUUUCAGAGAUGAUUGGGAUUGUAAUAUCCAGUUUGAGAAACAACUCAGCUCUCAGGGGGGACAUUUCAAUCAAUUGGUAUUCACUCAUGAAGAUCUGCCCACUUUGAGUCAGCAUCCAUCCUUUACAUUACAGCAAAUCAUUAAUAGUAAAAAGAAAUUCUGUGCAUCUAAAGAAUAUAGGAAAACCUUUAGACAUGGCUCACAAUUUGCUACACAUGAGAUAAUUCAUACCAUUGAGAAGCCCUAUGAAUGUAAGGAAUGUGGAAAGUCCUUUAGACAUCCCUCAAGACUCGCUCAUCAUCAGAAAAUUCAUACUGGCAAGAAACCCUUUGAAUGUAAGGAAUGUGGGAAAACCUUUAUUUGUGGCUCAGACCUUACUCGACAUCACAGAAUUCACACUGGUGAGAAACCCUAUGAAUGUAAGGAAUGUGGGAAGGCUUUUAGUAGUGGUUCCAACUUCACUCGACAUCAGAGAAUUCACACGGGUGAGAAGCCUUAUGAAUGCAAAGAAUGCGGGAAAGCCUUUAGUAGUGGCUCAAACUUUACUCAACAUCAGAGAAUUCAUACUGGGGAAAAACCUUAUGAAUGUAAGGAAUGUGGCAAUGCCUUUAGUCAGAGCUCACAACUUAUUAAACAUCAAAGAAUCCAUACAGGUGAGAAACCUUAUGAAUGUAAGGAAUGUGAAAAGGCUUUUCGUUCUGGCUCAGACCUUACUAGACAUCAGAGAAUUCAUACUGGUGAGAAACCCUAUGAAUGUAAGAUAUGUGGGAAGGCUUAUUCUCAGAGUUCACAGCUUAUUAGUCAUCAUAGAAUUCAUACCAGUGAGAAACCCUAUGAAUAUAGGGAAUGUGGAAAGAACUUUAAUUAUAACCCACAACUUAUUCAGCAUCAAAAUUUGUACUGGUGAUGAGCCAGAAUAUAUGAAAUGUGUAGGGAGGCUUUUAAUUAUGGCUGAAAACAGAAUUUAUCUCGUUAAUAAUUUCCCUAGAUGGAAUAAUGUAGAAACAUUGUAUUUGUGGACUACAGCUUAUUCAGCCUGGGAAAAAUAAUGUUGGAGAAACACCCUAUGAUAGAAUAUAUUUUGAAAACCUUAACUAAAUGCUCACUUCUCUUGACAUCAGAUAGUUCAGUCUGUCGUACUGAAAAUGACAGCACUUUUUUUUUUUUGUUUUGAGACGGAGUCUCGCUCUGUCACCCAGGCUGGAGUGCAGUGGCCGGAUCUCAGCUCA